AUGUCCAACCCACCUCCAAUACUACAGAAAAAAGCAUCAGACUUCACAGGCCCUCCAGAGCUAAGAAGCAUCCCUGAAGUGAUUGGAGAUCCCGGCCAGGGCAGCAAGGAGGACUCGGGAUGGCACCAGCCCCUCGUGAUGGGGAAAGGAGGGCAAAGGGAGAGGCGUCUUCCGUAUUUUGAGGGCGCCCUUUUGGAGGAAUCCAGAGGCAGCCAGAGGUCGCGAGCAAUCCCGGUGCGUGGGAAAACGCGCCCGGAGGCCACCGCCUGGGGGCCGGGGCCCCCGCGGCCGCCGCGGGCUCGGAACCUCCCUGCCGGGGCGGGGCGAGGGCGCAGGCGCAGGCGCGCGGGGUGCGGCCGCGGCUGGGAGGGCGGUGGCAGCGGCGGCGGCGGUGGCCAGCGCUGGAAGAUGGCGGCAUCGGCGGCGGCGGCGGCAGCGGCGGCGGCUGCUGCGGCGGUGGCGGCAGCCGAGCAGCAAAGUUCCAAUGGUCCUGUAAAGAAGUCCAUGCGUGAGAAGGCUGUUGAAAGAAGGAAUGUCAAUAAAGAGCACAACAGUAACUUUAAAGCUGGGUAUAUUCCAAUUGAUGAAGUUCGCCUGCAUAAAACGGGACUGAGAGGGAGAAAGGGCAAUUUAGCCAUCUGUGUGAUUAUCCUCCUGUUUAUUCUGGCUGUCAUCAAUUUAAUUGUAACACUUGUUAUCUGGGCUGUGAUUCGCAUUGGACCAAAUGGCUGUGACAGCAUGGAGUUUCAUGAAAGUGGUCUGCUUCGAUUUAAGCAAGUGUCUGACAUGGGAGUUAUACACCCUCUUUAUAAGAGCACAGUAGGAGGAAGGCGAAAUGAGAAUUUAGUCAUCACUGGCAACAACCAACCUAUUGUUUUUCAGCAAGGGACGACAAAGCUCAGUGUAGAAAAGAACAAAACUUCUAUUAUAAGUGACAUUGGUGUGCAGUUCUUCGACCCAAGGACUCAAAAUAUCUUAUUCAGCACAGACUAUGAAACUCAUGAGUUUCGUUUGCCAAGUGGAGUGAAAAGUUUGAAUGUUCAAAAAGCAUCUACUGAAAGGAUUACCAGCAAUGCUACUAGUGAUUUAAAUAUAAAAGUUGAUGGGCGUGCUAUUGUGCGUGGAAAUGAAGGAGUAUUCAUUAUGGGCAAAACCAUUGAAUUUCACAUGGGUGGUAAUAUGGAGUUAAAGGCUGAAAACAGCAUCAUCCUGAAUGGAACUGUGGUGGUCAGCACAACUCGCCUCCCUAGUUCCUCCAGCGGAGACCAGUUCGGUGGUGGUGACUGGGUGCGCUACAAGCUCUGUAUGUGCGCUGACGGAACCCUCUUCAAAGUACAGGUGACGGGCCAGAACAUGGGCUGCCAGACCUCAGACAACCCCUGUGGAGACACUCAUUAG